UUACCUGCUGUUGGUUAAAGUGGUUGCAUCCUUCAGGUCAGUGAAGGAAAAACAUCCACUCACUUCCACCUCGUCGACGCUUCAGUGUGUGUGUGUGUGUGUGUGUGUGUGUGUGUGUGUGUGUGUCAGUGGAGAAAUCUAGGAAGUAAACGUUAACCUAAGGUUUUUUUCGACCGGGACGACGAGGAGGACGUUAAUCUCCCAGUUUCCCCCAAAGAAACUGAUUUACACGGACAACAACGAGCUGAAACCGCCGGGAAGUCUCUGUUUAUCCUUUAAAAGUCUAAGUGUUGCUUCGCUCACCUUUAUUCCGUGAAGCUCAGGUGAAGAAACUUUUUUUUUUCUCUUUCCACCUUCAGUUGUGUGAUUGGAGUUAACCGGAGGAGGUGCAGAGAUCUGCUCUUCGCUCUCAGGAGUUUUUAUUUUUAUUCUUUAAGGAUUUAAAACUUUAAAAGCUGCUUUUCAUGAAAGUGGGUGCAGGCAGAGAGUCGGGGCAGUAAGUUAUGCUGAAGCCCGCCUGUACAUCUGUAUAUCAGAAUGAGCACUACAGAUGGAGCCGGGGCCCCUGAACAGCACGAAGUGACCCGUGUUGUGCAGAUCUACCCCAGGUUGUCCCAGGACACACCUGCCUACUGUCCCCUGCAGGUCAGCGGCGGGGACACUGCGAGAACUGUCAUCCACAAUGCCGUGAUCACGCUGGGCCUGGAUGCCAGCCAGAGGUACAGCCUGCUAGAGGUCAGGGAGAGCGAUGGAGAGGAGCAGUUGCUGGAGGCUGGGGAUUCAGUUUUGGAGCGAGUCCUGCUGUGGCCACCGGAGACACAGAAGUGGCACUCUAAGACCCAUGGGUACUACUUUGUCCUGCAGCAGCAAGCCAUCGUUGGACGCAACCAAGUGGAAAGCAGCAGAGAGGACUACGACGACCUCUGUAACCUCCCAGAUGUGACCGAGGAGAGUACCCUGGAGACUUUACGUCAGCGCUUUUACCAGCGUAAAAUCUACACCUAUGCCAGUGACCUCCUCAUUGCCAUCAACCCCAAUAAGUUCCUCCCUGUUUACUACAAUCCCAAGUAUGUCAAGAUGUACGAGAACCAGCCACUGGGCAAACUAAGCCCUCAUAUAUUUGCCAUAGCAGACGUAGCCUUCCGUACUAUGCUGAACAGGCAGGUGAACCAGUGUAUUGUGAUAUCUGGUGAGAGUGGCUCAGGGAAGACUGAGAGCAGCAGUUAUCUCAUCCACUGCCUGACCGCCCUCAGCCAGAAGACCUACUGCGGCGGGCUGAAACGGACCGUCCUCGGGGCCGGCCCGGUGCUAGAGGCCUUUGGCAAUGCUAGGACUGCAGAGAAUAACAACUCCAGUCGCUUCGGGAAGUUCAUCCAACUCAACUAUCUGGAGAGUGGUGUCAUCAGAGGGGCGGUUAUUGAGAAGUACCUACUAGAAAAGUCCCGUCUGGUGUCCAGAGAUAAGAGGGAGAAGAGCUACCACGUGUUCUACUAUCUGCUGAUGGGCGCGUCCAAAGACGAGCGGGAGGAGUUUCAUCUGUUAAAGCCGCAAGAUUAUCUCUACCUCAAGCAGGAUGACCUCCAUUUCGACGAUGAGGAGAAACUCGGGCAGGAGUACAAAAGGCUCCAUCAAGCGAUGGAGAUGGUCGGCUUCCUGGCCUCCACCAAGAAACACGUGUUUUCCACCCUCUCUGCCAUCCUGCUCCUGGGCAAUGUGACGUACACGCUGUCAGAGGACACUGAAGUCCUGGAGGUCGGACCUGCUGAAGUUUUGUCCACGCUGUCUGACCUGUUCAAAGUAAAAAAAGAGCUACUGGUGAAGACUCUGACCAAGAGGAGAGUCAUGACUGCCGACGCCACCGUGGAUUCACAGUACACACUACAAGAGGCCUCCACGAUGCGAGACUCCAUGGCCAAGUCUUUAUACGGCGCUCUGUUCGACUGGAUCGUCAUUCACAUCAACCACGCGACGCUCAACAGACGAGACAUGGAGGAGUCUGUCUCUUUCUUGUCCGUCGGUGUCCUGGAUAUGUUUGGAUUCGAGAACCGGCAGACAAACAGCUUCGAGCAGCUCUGCAUCAACUUCACCAACGAGCUGCUGCAGUAUUACAUCAACCUGCAAAUCUUUAAGCUUGAGCAAGAGGAUUAUGUGUCCGAAGGCAUCACCUGGCAAAACAUUGACUACACUGACAACAGCGACUGCGUUCAGCUGAUCAGCGGGAAAUCAACCGGACUCUUUGAACUGCUGGAUAAGGAGAGCAGCAUCCCCGAGGCCACAGAUGAAACCCUGUUGGACAAGUUAAAGCAGCAGCAUCGGGACAAUCCAUUCUUUGUACCCUCUUCAAAUACAGAGCUGACUUUUGUCAUUCAGCAUUUUGCUGGGAGUGUCAAAUAUCAUAUCAAGGAUUUCCUGCAGAAAAACGCCGAGCACAUGCGUCCCGAAGUCGUGUCGCUUCUACGGAGCAGUGAGCGAGCGUUCUUGCACCACUUGGUUGCGUCCAGCCCAGAGGCGCUGUUCAGAUGGGGAGUCCUCCGAGCCACCAUUCGCAUCCUCGCCGUAUUCAAGAGCCUCGGGCGCCAGCGGGCAGAACUGAUCGCUUCCAGAAAAGGCUCCCGCAGGUCCCUCAAAGACAUGAAAAAGCGCAGCAGUACUUUGGACAGCAACAGCCUCCCUCUGGAUUUCUCCUUUGACCGCUCCGAUGAACUGCCCCUCGACGUAUUCGAAGACAUCUUUGCCAAUUAUGAAAAGAGAAAGAAAACUAAAAGCGGUCGACAGAAGCAGCUCAUUCCAAAGAACCUCAUGAAUUUUCAAUCACUCCAACAUAUUGCUGGUUUCACCGCUCACGACCGAACCAGCAAAUUCAUCUUCCACCCUCAUCGGAGGACAAAGCCUCCUACAGUUGGCACUCAGUUCCAGGCCUCACUCAAGAAGCUGGUGGAGACGAUUGAAAAAGCCGAACCGUUCGUUAUUGUCUGUGUUCGCUCCAACGCUGAGAAGAAAGAGCUGCACUUUGAUGAUGAACUUGUGAGACGGCAAAUCAAGUCCACAGGCAUCCUGCAGAUGGUUCUUAUCCAGAAGUCUGGCUACAGUGCCAAGUACACAUUCAAGGAAUUUGUGAAGAAUUUCAGAAUGAUGCUUCCAAAAGGAGCCACGGGAACGCCAGAGCACAUAACUGCACUGUUUGAGAAGAUGAAGCUGGAUAAGAGCAGCUAUCAGAUAGGAAGAACCAAGGUGUUCCUCAAGGAGAAGGAGAGGAAGCUACUCCAAGACACUCACCACAAAGAAGUGAUGCGUCACAUCGUCAUCCUGCAGCGCUGGUUCCGCACCUGUCUGAUCAGGUUACACUUCCUGCAGAAAAGAGAUGCCACCAUGAUUAUACAGAGGAGCUGGCGUGGGUUUUAUGAGAACCAAAACAAAGCUGCUACAGUGAUCCAGACAGCAUGGAGGACUUCCCUGAAGAGAUCAAGUCAUACGAAGGGGGAUAACGAGUCCAAAACCCGGCUUGGACGGGACAGUCUGACAAAACAAGGGCUAAGGAGGCAGGACAAAGUGGAGCACAGCCCCAGCAGGGCCCAGCAGUCUGACCCAGUCAACGGCCAGUCUGAGCAGAGAGCCAGGAGCAAGGAGAAGCGAGAGGGCAGAGGAUCGCCUCCUCCUCUCAACAGGCCCCUCUCCCUCCCGCUGGACCCUAAAGUCAGCGGUGACGAUCACACCACCAGCCCCUCCAAGACCCCGCUUCAGCGUUACAAAGACGCGGGGGGCAUCAAGGAAAAGGCCGAGCGAUGGAAGGAAAGACAGAGCGACGACUCAAGUCCAGAACUGCGGCGACGACCGGACAACAUGAAAAACGAGUUUCAGGUCAGAGGGAAGUCCAUGUCUGCCGAUGAACUGUCCAAGAUAAGCACAUCAGGCUCUGAUAGUUCACCGUCAAUCAAUGAGGUCAGGGUGCGUUUCCGCAAGCAGCCCAAACGCAAGCGGCGCAUAGCCAAUGCCCGCAGUGGUUUGAUGGUUAACUUUGGGGGCUCCAAGGAGAGCGAGUACUGGAGCUUUCCACUGCCUCCCAUCAGCCCUCAUGAAGCCAACCUGAAGAGCUCGGCCAGUAGCCUGGAUGUCCGGUCCAUCAAAUCACAGGUCAAGAUUCCAGCAGAACCUGACGGGUCGAGGUACAGUCUUCCAGCCAGGAGCACCAAUGAGGACUCAGGACACCAAUCUCAAUCACAGCUCACGACCCCUGAGAGGAUCUGGUUUCUCAGUAAAUUCCUGAAAAAACGGCCAGCUAAAUAUUCCCCGACCGGUGACUCUGAUAAAACAGUCACCUUGCCCAGCUACACCCCACAUCCAUACCACAUGCCAAACCAGGACAGCGGGAGGGUCAAACGAAAUCCGACCAUUCGGAUCAGCCGGGCCACGCGGGUGACGCAGUGGAACGUGUCUCUGGACCGCGAGAUCACCAACUCCAAAGAGCUGCGACACCUGGACGAGUUCCUCGGCAAUCAGGUGAAUGAGCUGCGAACUAGAAUAAAAGAGCUGUCGCCGACAGAAAACAUCUUUCUCACAGCCACCAUGCAGUUCAGAGACACCAUCAAAGGCAUGUACUCCGUGCAGAAGCCCCAAAUCGCAUACAAGGAUCUGAUGAAGGGUUACAAAAACAAAGUGAACACGCUAGCAGGGUCGAGGAAGAAGUCCGAAGUCUCGCUGGUGGUCAACUUGUUUCAGUCUGUGCUGGAUGGCUUUAUCAGGGGGGAGGAAAAGCGAGCUCAUUCUGAACCAGCCAAGACCACCAAGACAACAAAAAAGAGGAAAAAGGACAUCUGCCCUAAUAGUCCUCUGGAUCACCUCUUCAGCACAUACCAGGUGAACAUUAUGCAGUCAUGUGACUUGUGUGGCUCCUACAUCUGGGGAAUGGAGAAAGCUUACAUGUGCAGCGCUUGCAAGUUAAUAUGUCACAAGAAAUGCCUGAAUAAAAUCAUCACAGACUGCUCGACACGGUGUGCCAGGCAGGACGACAGUGUACCAGGCUCCCUUCACUUUGGGGUGCAUGUGUGUGUCCUCACCAGUAAAGCCAACCCUGUGCCCAAAGUGGUGGAGUUGCUGCUGAUGCACGUGGAGCUGGAAGGCCUCUACACGGAGGGCAUUUACCGCAAGUCGGGGUCGGCCUGUCGAGCGAGGGAGCUCCACCAGAUUCUGGAGACGGAUCCUGAGGGAGCACCUUUAGAUAACUACCCGAUCCACACCAUCACAGGUCUGGUUAAACGUUGGCUCAGAGAGCUGCCGGACCCCCUCAUGACCUUCGCUCUCUACAGCGACUUUCUGCAUGCCGUGGAGCUGCCAGAGAGAGCUGAGAGAAUAAGAGCCGUCUACCAAAAGGUUGAUGAACUUCCUCCUGCUAAUUACAACACGUUAGAGCGGCUCAUCUUUCAUCUUGUCAGGGUUGCAAAAGAGGAAGAGCACAAUAAGAUGUCACCAAGCUCUCUUGCCAUUGUGUUUGCUCCCUGCAUCUUGCGUUCACCUGAUGUUAACGACCCCUUCCUUGGCAUGAAGGAUGUGUCCAAGACUACGAUGUGUGUGGAGAUCCUGAUCUCUGAGCAGUUCAGGCGUUACACCGAGAAGAUGCAGAACAUCCAGGAACUGGAAUAUGCAGAGGCCCUGGCUGUCAGUCAGCUCAAACUGAAGAGACAAAACACGGUUGUUGAAAAGCCGUCCGAGCUCGACGUCCCAGUGCAAACAAAUCCAGACGAAACUGAGAAGACCCUCAUCGAGAGGAUCAAGUCCAUCAAGCAAGAAAAGGUGAAACUGGCCGUCGGGUUACCUGACCUGGAGCAGGAGAACUCUGACAACGACAACGACAACCUGGACUCUGCGUCAUCGAUGAGCUUAGACAGCCUGGAGGACCGCCUGGGGAGCCUGGACUCGGAAGGAAAGGUGACAAUGCGAUCGAAAUUUAAAAAACCAGAAUGCCCUCCCAAACCUCCUGACCUGGCACAGAGAGUCAGAAGUCUGAUGGCUCUGACAGAGGAUGAGUGGGGAGAGUUGAUGCCAGGACGCAAGACAAAUGUUACCCAAUCCAUGUACUUCCUUCCCUCCUCAACCGACGAGCCCCAGAUCAAGACUUUAAACGGGAGCUUUGAUGAUCUGGACAUUCCUUACAUCGACGAGGAUGAAGAGCAAACCGCAGCAUAACGCUACAAGUUGUAAUAGGUGGAAUAUUCUCAAGUUUGUGUUAUGUCAAAGAGGAACUGUGCACUUUGUUUUAUGGACAUAUCCAUUUGUCAGUGCUGCUAAGGAAACAACGUGCUUUAAGAAUUUAUAUAUUUAAUGGGAGAUCGUACAGACAGUCUCAGUGGGGCUUUUAUGACAUAACAGAUCUGGAAACAGCCAGAGGAUUACUCAUCCUCUUUAUGCCAAUACACACUGUAUGUGAUUUUAAAAAUAAUUCAGAACUGUACAGUACACGUUUUAUGAAAGUUAGAUUAAUGAGGAGCGAUCGUCGAUACAAGUGAUGAUUCUGAGCUCGACCGCUGUGGUACUAAUGACAGUUUAUGUCUGUUUGUGGAUAAAAAAAAGAAAAAGUCUUGUAAGUGUUCCAGAAAGAUUUAUCGGAGAGAUUCUCUAUUGUACAGAGUGAAUUUUGGGUUCUCGUUGAGUGCAUUGUUGUGUGUCUGCUUUCCUUUUUCCUCUGGUGUGUGACUGCUGUAAGUGAUUCAGUAUGCCUGGACAGGGAACGCUCAUAUUGCUGCCUUUUUAGACUGACUGAAAAUACUUCCCUCGGUAUCGGUACUGGCCGUUUCACCAAGUAAAUGUUUUGUCUAUACAUUUUUUUUAAAAAUAAUGCAUGCCUGUACAUCGUAUAAGGGAGUAGGAAUAAUGCAUAUUGGGGUGAACGUCCGACAGGUUUGACUUCUGUCACCAACUGAAAUAAACUGACCGUUUUCAAAUGUCUCCUGCUGUAAUACGAACGACUAUAACCAAGAAUGCAGCUUUGACAGCAACAGGUGUGAGAAUAAAAACGUAAAGAAAAACAUGCACAUCGUGAAGAAGGCUUAUAAAAUAACAUAUUACAUUAGUUCAUGGUGUUACUACGAUGUUAGAUACCAUUUGACCUAUUGUUUUAUAUCACGGGAGCCUGAUAGAUCAAUGGGAAAGAGAGUUUUACUUGUUGUAUAGCCUCAAAUAAAUCCACUUCCACUCACUCUA